AUGGUGGUAAAUUGGAGCAUAAAUGCAUUCCAGAGUCUUCUGGCUUUGAGCAAAUAUAAUCUUGCUCUUUGGAAAAUUCAUAGUAAAAUGAUAUGCUGGGAUCAACAGAGAAACGAAAGAAAAACAGAAAAUAGUUAUGUCAGACAAUUAGUUGCCAAGACCACAAAUCACAUAAAUAAAAACGAAAAACUCACGAGUAGUCGUAAAGAAAAUAAAACCAAAAAUAAAAAUUCUUACGAAGUUGUUUUAAAGCAAAGGCAAAGAAAAAGUUCUCGAUGCGCUUGA